AUUGGAGACCGGAAGUUGUGCUAGUAAGUGGUGCAAACAUUGGAAGUGGACACAUAAAAUUUACUCUGAUUCUUCUUCUGUUCGUAUUUCAUUCUUAACCAGUCUGGUUUCAUCAUAAUAAAAAGCAAUGCCGAUAGAGAAUCUCGAAGAACAGGGACUGGCGAAAAAUCCCAACUUAGAACACGCCCAGCUAAAAUUUCUACUUGGGACUGAUAAGUACAAAAAUGACAAAGAUUUGAAGAAAAAACUCUUGGAUGAAAUAACUGAUAACAGUAGGCUAUGUUGUUUAUUAUGUUAACUUUAAAAAAAUGAGUGUUCAUAGAAAAUUUUUUGAAUGUGACUUGAGAUUAAAGUUGUUGAAAGUUAUUUGGAUAAACAAAUUCAGCGUCCCUAAUUAUAUUUACACCGGUGAGAAGUAAAUAACGCGAAAGCGUCCAAGCCAUAAUUAAUCAUAAUUUGCUAUGGGUAGAGCCCAUUGAUUCCAUCCACACAUUAGGAUGAAUAAAUGAAUGUAGCCUCAGUGUGACAAGAUUUUUAAAAAAUUAAUUUUAAAAAUAUAUUUUUUAUGGAAAAAAUAUGAAUUUAAAAAAAAAAAUUUGAAAAUUCAUUUGUCCUUUAUUAUGGUAUCUUACUGGAUCUACCAUUAGUAUAGUAUAGACUGCACCACCAAAUGGUGUUGAUUUCGAUUUUACAUAGUACUGCAUUUAGAUUAUUAAUUAUUACCGGUAAAAAAAGAUGCGAGAACACUAAAGAUGAAGAGAGAGGAAAACAACGCGGUGUCACAGCUUCGUUGUAUUUUUUUGUUAGGCAGUGUCUACACGUCCGGCGCGCCGGACGUCUAUCUCCCGCACUAUGUGUCCGGCGACCAAGUCACAUGACCGCCGUAACAAAGUGGCGAGAAAUAUCUUGUCGGUCAGCCUUGUCACGUGACUGCGAAUAAUUCAAAACUAUUACUAUUGUUAAUUUUAAAAUCUAUUUCUCUACCAAGUAAUGUACUGAGUAAAAAGAAACUUAAGUGAAAGUGGCUUGUAAACAUUUUUGUUUAGUUUGUUAUUUUUUGUGUACCAGUAAUCCAUAAAAAUAAAUUAGGGGCCAAUGUGGCAACCAAUAAAAGUUAAAGAUUUCAUUUUAAAUUAUUUCAAUUGCUACAAAACAUUUAAAAACUUCUCAUGAAACUACUGUUGCUGAGGAACAUGAUAAUAUAAAUAUAUACAAAAUAUUUUAAUUAAAUAGGGAAGAAAAAAAACGACCCUAUCCCCGGUAUAGAUCCUCAAACCUUCCUAUCGUCAAGCAACCACUCUACCACAAGACCAGACAAGAUGUACUAAAUCGUACUUCGUUUGGAAUUAUAAAAACUACUAGCCGUCCGGCCAUGUCCGGCGGUCACGUGACAAGUCGCCGGACGUGUAUCUUGUGCACUACACGUCCGGCGCGCCGGACGUGUAGACACUUCGUUUUUGUUAAUACCAGCACUGUGCUUCACAAUAUCAGACAUUUAUCAGAUAUUUCGAUAGAUUUAGUUAUAAUCUAGUGACAACUGUCUUCAGCAAGAGGAUGGAAACAGGAAGUGUUUCUUGUUCUGCGCAAGCGCAUUGCCAGAAUAAAACUAAUUUAGCUCCGAGAAGCUAAUUUAUAUUAAAGGGCUUAACUCGCCCCAUCCAGUAACUUCGUUAUAUUUAUAAUUUAUAUAUUAAUCAAUUACUUCUAAAUUACUGACACAAUGUUUUGCAUGUAUUUCCUGGAUCACUUAUUGUUUCCAAUGGUAGGGCAGCUUAAUGCAAGUAUUUCUAAUAUUAACAGCUGUACUUAAAAUCAAACUCAUGUUGUGUUGUCCAUCAAAAUAACUUAGUUGAUCCACAAAACAUUGAAGUGCACACUCAAAACAUUUACCAUGUGGAUGCUGGCAAAAAGAAAACAAGACAUUUCAGAACUAGCAAUGCCCUAUUUCAUUCAUAUCUACACGAGUUCAUGUUCAGAAAGAAAUACGUGAUUGGAUCGUUUUUGCUAGAUUUCUGACAGCGGUUACAGAGAACUAUCCUGUGUGAACGAUUGCCAAAAACUUUAAAAAAAUGUUUAUAGAAUGUAGGACUCUCAAAAUAUAAUUAGGGAUGCUGAACUCCAUGAUUACCAUUGUUUGGAUAAAUUAGAGCUGUUAUUGUUACUCCAUUAGUCUUGUUACUUUAUGCUGAUAUUCUGCUAACUAAUUUACACUUACUCAUUACAAUACAUAGGGUAAUCUCUUAUUGGUAAUCUACCACUUCAGCCUUCAAAAAUAGUGUUUUUUGGGACUGAAGUGCUAUUUAUUUUACUGGAAAUACCACCAUGGACAGUGGAGAGAGGGCCGCUGGGUUUAUGGUGUCAUUGGAAAUCUACCAGCACCCUGUUGUGGCCCAUCAACAAAACUUUGUUGAUCCAAAUAACGCUGUCACUGGAGUUCACGCACAGAAUGUAGAAAAUAUGCAAAAUGGAAAAGACAGUUUAAUGCCAGCUGUACUCAUAUGACUUUGUAUUCCCUCCAUUGUUGCCCGGGGGUAAAUCUGUGCAUAAACCCAAACUUUGUUUGCUUACGUAUUAUAUUCUUUUCAUACAUGAAAUGUUUUUAAAAAAUUUUCUUGGAAUAUUUACAUAUGUGCUGAAAUUAAUAUGUACAAUGUCAUAAAAAAACAUUCCCAAUUAUUAGGAUCAAUUAAAGAAUUUAUCUUAUAAAAAAAAAAAAUAGCUGGUAAAAUACCACUUCAAACCAGAUAACAUGAUUUUUGAAAAGCCAACGUUGAAGUAGAUUACCCUCUUAUUUAAGCGUCAUAAGCUCAUUGCAAAUGGAAAAGCUUUUUUUUUUAAUGAAUUAUCAACUUAUUUUCAUUAUUAAAAGUGAAGUCAUUAUUAAAAGAUUUUAUAAGUCAAAUAUUUUCCUUUUGUCCCAAAACAAAAACUAUUAAACAAAUUGUAUGAGAACAUAAAAGUACACCUCUAUGUAUCUUUUGUUAUUCAUGGUGCCAUUGUGGUAUACAAGGAGGACUCAUAAAUUAAAAUCCCUUUAAUAGCUUUAAAACUCAAUUAAAAUAUAAAACUGUUACAAACUAAUUGGAAAACAAUAAAUAUGUGUUCUAUUAACUAUUGAAUUGUUUUAAUCUAGUUCCAUCUGGUAAAUAUGGAAUAUUUAAUUAAAAAAUGUUCAAUGGCGCUUAAAUUAGAGAUUAUCCUACACACAGUGGUCUGGUAAAGGUGUAGUCAGGGGUACAUAUUUUGACUUCACCUUUGGAAUCCCAACUAUUGACAUAAGGUGAAUAUUGGUCAUAAUCAAAGAGUAUGAUAAUUUCCCUUCCUUCAUGGAGUUAUAGAUCUUUUGGUUCUCUGUUUGUUGCUGCAAAGUUUGCUCUCUAGCAUUGUUCUCUUCCGGUAUAUACAUUUUUUUUAUCCGAUAUAUUUCUUUGUUUAAUCCUUUAAAUGGAUUUAUUUUUUAAGAAAUUUCUCUUUUUCAAGUUUUAAAGCCUUUUAGUUUGCUUAUUAUAUUCUUUUAAUCUAUAUUUAUUAACAAGGAUGUGGUAGAGCAGGCCCAGUGCCCUAUAUGGGCUAUGGCACCACUGAUGAUGCUAAUAUUUUAGUAUAUAUGAUGAAUCUCUAAAACAAAUAAGUUUUCUAACAUUUUUUGCCCAUUGGAAUUGAAAGGAGUAGUCUAAGUAAUUAUUAUUUUAGAGUACCGGUAAUGCAAAAUAUUUAUUUGAGGAAAGUUUAUCAGUUUUAUGAGCCACAGAAAAAUGUUUAGGAACUUCAUGAUUGGAUAUAAAACAUUUCGUAUUGUUUGAUCAGUUCUUAUGAUACAUAAUGUAAAAUUUAUAACACAACCUAAAUCUGUAGAUCAAUAAAGUUUAUAUGCAAUAUGUACAAAUGAAAUUUUCCAUUACUUUUAAUUAAAAUUCAACUUACAAAAGAAAAAUUCUCUCAUAAUACUCCUAAACAACCAUUUGCGGCAUUGGUAAUUGGUAAAUAAAUCACAUGCAUAGAUAAAAAUGCUGUUUAUUAACUGGUUAUGGAAUAAGAUGUUUUUGACUCUGUACUAGUACUACCUGUAGGUUCUGCUUUAAAAAAAAUUGUUUCCUAUUAAUAAUAGUAUUAUUAGAUUUAGAAGGUGUAACCAUACAGUUUAUUGAAAUUGAAGUAACGUUUUGUAUAGCAUCCUUUUGCAAUCCGUUUUGUUUACCUCACUGGAAAAGGAAGUUAAAAAAGUGCUUCAGAAAUAACAAAUCUUUUCUGGCAAAAAUCCAUGAAUAUUGACUUGAGUUCGUGAGAAACACUUACUAUGGAUCACACAAGCUGGCAAUUCAGACUCACUGUUCGAGCACAAUUCUCAGAGAGUAAUUGCCAGGCUCACACCCGAAGAAAGCACACAGCAAGAAAAAGCACAAUCAUAAAACAUAUGUAUCCUACUUGUGGGAAAGCUUUAAAGGCACAAUAGAACUGGCAAGCCACCUGCGUACUUACCGUUGAAUACAGCCUUGGUCAUCUUAGCAUGAGAAGGAGAAACUACAUUAUUUUGUUGAAAAUAAAUGUUAUUAUUGUUUUUGAUGUUUUUUAUUAAUUGAAAAUUAAUUCUUUUCAUCCAUUAAAUAAGACCACUAUAGCCAUAUUUACAUUUUGAUCCAUUGUCCUCUUAUUUAACUGCAUGUUUAUUGUUAAACUACAAGAAAAAUAUGUUUUUUAAAUUUAUUUUUUAUAUAUCAAAUUGAAAAUGUGUUAUAUUUCCAGAUAUGGCGCCAUUCUAUGAAGAAAUUGUUCAAGAUUUGGGUUGGAAAAAGGAUGAAAAACUUUUGACUACCAUGAAGGAAGCUAAUGAAGCAAGAGUCAAACAGUUAGAUGAAGCAAUUAAAGAUGCUGAGAAAAGUUUGGGUGAAACAGAAAUCAGGGACUCCAUGUUAGCUAAAGCUGAAUAUCUAUGUUCAAUUGGAGAUAAGGUAGAUAAAUACAAGUCAGGCUUAGAUAAUUUAAUAAAUUGAUUCCAAAUAAUAUAAAAUGGGAAAUAAUUAUAUCACUAACAAAUUCUUUAAUUUCUAUUAUGAGGAGACAGCGACUUUAUGGAUAUAUUUAACAGACACAGCAAAAACAACAUGGCUUCUCAAACUUUAUGUGUUUGAUAGACACUUACCAUUUUCUUUUUUUUUAAAUUUUAUUUCUUCGAUCCACAGGCCAAUGCUCUUACAGAAUUUAGGAAAACCUAUGACAAGACUGUAGCUCUUGGUUACCGCUUAGAUAUUGUCUUCCAUUUGAUAAGAAUAGGCAUUUUCUACAAUGAUCAUGAUCUCAUUACAAAGAAUCUGGAAAAAGCUCAGAGGUGAAUAGGGGAAGGCUUUUUCUGAGCAUCACUUUAACAAAAUUAUUCAAGCUAAUAGUAAAAAACAAAUUCUUUAAGGCAAUAUGAUUUUCAACAUUUUGAUAUUGUUUUAAUUUAUAGUUCUAUUGCACCACAAGUUAAUUUUACGAUGCCAGUAUUUUGUUUGUCAUUUUUGAAGGUAAAAAAAGUAAUUUUUAUGCUUAGUAAAUAAAUUUUCUGGCACAUUUUCAUGUUUCUCUGCUAAAUUUCAGUUUGAUUGAUGAAGGGGGAGACUGGGACAGAAGAAACAGGCUGAAGGUCUACAGGGGGUUGUACAACAUGUCCAUAAGAGAUUUCAAAUCAGCUGCUACUCUGUUCCUGGACACCAUUGCAACUUUCACCUCCUAUGAGCUGAUGGAUUAUCAGCAGUUUGUCACCUACACUGUCCUUUGUUGCAUGAUUGCUCUUGAGCGCCCUGAACUCAGAGAAAAAGUAUGGAAGCAACAAAAAAAAAUUUUGUGGUCUUUUUUAAGAUUAAUAUUAAUACCGGGGUAUGUCAAUUUACUUUUUCCUGUCUUUAAAAACAAUGAUUGAACAAAGUGAUGAGCCCAUGGAUGAAGACAGUAGUUGAAAUGUUGAACCGUUUAAAUCACUGGCUAAGCUCUAUGUACCACCAUGUGCAUUUGUAAUGCAAUGUAUAGCUGUAUAUAUUUAUUUUGUUUAACACUGUAUGUGCCACCUUAAACAAUGAAAAAGUACAGUUUCAGUACCGUUUUUUUUUAAAAAUGCCGGCUUGAAAUGUAAUAUUGGAUUUUUUUAAUUGAACUCACACUCUGGUGUCCCUGAACACUAUGUCUUAAUUAGCAUGAUUUUAAGAAUGAAUGUUUUAUGUUUUUUAUUAUUAGUUUAGCAUGAAAGAAGAUUUUUUUCUGGUUAUCUUAUUAGGGCCAUACUUCAGUUUUAUAUAACUAUUUUCAGGUGGUCAAGGGUUCAGAGAUUUUAGAAGUUCUCCACAGUUUACAAAACAUCCGCAAGUUUCUCUUUUCGUUGUAUGAUUGUCAAUAUGCAGAUUUUUUCCUAGCAUUGGGUAAGUUCAUGUUUCAUUUCUACUAGUAUAUUGACUCAGUUAAAACCUGUCAUGUUAUAUUUAAAAUUGCUUUUCUAAGGUUUCAAGAUAAUGUGUUUAAUGUGCAACCAGUAUGUGUAUGUAGAUGAAAUAUUAGAAGCAUUAUUGGUAAUCAGUGAAGUAUAAUGUGCAGUGGUGUCACCGAUAUUAUUAUUAAUGUGAGAACCACUGAUAAGAGAUUGAUAACAGUUAAAACCCUGAAUUCCCAGUGCAUCAUAGCAUGGUGAAUUGUGAUGAAUAAGACUCUUAAGACUGGCCAAUCAGCGUGCUUGAUUUGGUCACAUGAGUGAGGAGGUAUUGACUUUGAGAAAAAGAGCCGAGAUGAAAUUUGGGAUUAUACAAGAGUUGAAUGAUUUAUGUGAAAAUGUGAUAAAUUUCAAAUCAGUGAAGUGAGAAUAAAAUAUUCAAGAUUUACAGUGUGUAUUUUAUUACAUUGCAUUUUCUGUGAACUCACAUACAGAUUUAUUCUUCUUUGGAUAUUGUAAACGUCUGAACAAUAAUGUGACUAAAUGAAUCUGCAGUGCCUCUUGCAUUAUUUAUAACAGUGACAAGUGGAAAAAGAACCCCAUUGGAAUGCAUUGAGCACUCGGUUUUAAAAAUAUGUGUUUUAACUUAUGUACAUUUUAUCAUCUUUAUAAGAGUAUAUAUGAGUGAAUUUGGUUUUAAAAGAUUGAACUCAAUGUAAAUGAAUAUUACAACUUUCAACAAUCACUACUAUAAUUAUGUAUUAAUACAGGUCAGGUAGAGGACAUUAUGAAAUAUGACCGCUUACUCUCAUCACACUAUUCGUACUAUGUACGUGAAAUGCGUAUCAUGGCUUAUGCUCAGCUGCUGGAAUCUUAUCGAAGCCUCACACUUAAUUAUAUGGCAAAGUCGUUUGGAGUGACCAUAGCUUUCAUUGAUCAGUGAGUUUCAUUUGGCUAUAUAAUUAACGAUUUAAAUUAGUGAACUCAGAAAAUUGCUGCUCAUUCUAUUUUAUGAAUAAAAUCAAAAUAUUGUUACUGUAGCUUGUGUUGCUUUAAAUAAGCAUUUUGUAUCAGUCUCAUUCUGAUUAAAUAAAUACUAUUUUCAUUUAUUUAGGGAGUUAUCAAGAUUUAUUGCUGCCGGACGUCUUCAUUGCAAAAUUGACAAAGUUGGUGGCAUAGUUGAGACGAACAGACCAGACAGCAAAAACUGGCAAUAUCAGGUGUGUAACAAUGACUGCAAUAUCAAUAACAAAGCUUAUAAAGGGAACACUUCAGGCCUAGGAUCCAUACUUUAGAGCUAUGUUCCAAUGUAAUUGCUUUGAUACAAUCUAAUGCUAUACGGUAAUAAUUUUAUUUCUACUUUUGCAGAAUUGCAUCAAGCAAGGCGACAUUCUUUUAAAUCGUGUGCAGAAGUUAAGCAGAGUUAUCAACAUCUAGAGUUACCAACUGGAUAUGUUACUAUGUGUCCUCAUUUUGUUAUGUCCUCCAAUCAGUAUGAAUGCUGAGUCUCGGUAGAGUUUGCAUGACACAUUGCCAUUUGAACUGAUUAUUUUUGCCACAAUACACAUAAAAUUGCUUUUAUAAGUUUUUGAAACUUAGAUUUAAGAAAUUUAAUUAUAAUUAAUAUUACUGCAUUUUUUAAAUCAUGAACUGGAUGUGUGAUACCUAUAAAAUGAUUCACAGUUGAUUAAAGCAAACAAACACCUCAUCUCUGUAGUAAUUUCAAAUAUUGUUUACUGUUGUAAUUUAAUUGUUUUAAGACAGUCUGGUAGUAUACUUUCACUUUC